AACUUCCAAAAUGUCUGCCAAGAAAGAAGGUGCGCACAAGAAAUGGGCUGCCUUGAAGGAGAAACUGGGAUCCCAGGACUCCGACCAAACGGAGGCCAACCUGGAAAAUGCCGAACCGGAACUCUGCAUUCGCCUCUUGCAAAUCCCUUCUGUGGUGAACUACUCGGGCCUCAAGAAGCGCCUAGAGAGCAGCGAUGACAGCUGGAUGGUCCAGUUCCUGGAGCUCUGUGGCCUGGAUCUUCUCCUGGAAGCCCUGGACAGGCUCUCUGGGAGGGGAGUCUCCAGGAUUUCCGACGCCUUGCUGCAGCUCACCUGUAUCAGCUGCGUGCGGGCGGUCAUGAAUUCCCAGAAGGGCAUUGAGUACAUUGUGAGCAACGAAGGCUAUGUCAGAAAACUCUCCCAAGCACUCGACACCUCAAAUAUUAUGGUCAAGAAGCAAGUUUUUGAACUCCUGGCUGCUCUAUGCAUAUACUCAGUGGACGGACACGCUCUGGCUUUGGAUGCUCUGGAUCAUUACAAGACAGUGAAAAACCAACAGUACCGGUUCAGUGUGGUCAUGAACGAACUCUCAGCCACCGACAAUGUGCCGUAUAUGAUAACGCUCCUGGGUGCUAUCAAUGCAAUCAUAUUAGGGAUGGAAGAACUAAGAGCAAGGACACAACUUCGGAAUGAGUUCAUUGGUCUCCAGUUACUGGAUAUUUUAACCAAGCUGCGAGACAUAGAGGAUGUGGACCUGAUUAUUCAGUGUGAGGCAUUUGAGGAAGCCAAAGCUGAGGAUGAUGAAGAACUGUUAAAGAUAUGUGAUGGGAUUGACAUGAGCAACCAUCAAGAGGUUUUCUGUUGUCUGUUCAACAAAGUGAGCAGCUUCCCAGUCUCAGUCCAACUGCUGUCCAUUCUCCAGAGUCUCCUGCAUCUUGAACCUUCCCAUCGCUCCAGCCUCUUGCUAUGGGAAUCCUUAGAAAUCUUAGUAAACAGAGCCAUCUUGCUUGCCAAUGACAUAGAAGGCAACAGUGUGGAAGAAGUCAUGGAGAGACUGUUGUCCAUCAAGAAGCGCCCAAAGAAAAGAAGUUCAGAAAUCAGAAGAAUGACCAGCAAAGCAGAUGAGAGUACCCAGACCAAUGAAGAUCUGGGAGGACAUUCAAAUGCCAUCCAGAGCUUCUCGGCAGUGAACUGCUCUUCAAGUGCCCUGCCCAACUCACAGCCACCAGAUGUGCCUGAGAAAGUUACGCUAUCCCAGCUGCUGCCUUGCUCAGCUUCACCAGGACAAACUCCAUCUCCAUCUAGUGGUCUUCCAACUCCUACUCCUCCUCCUCCACUCCCUGGAGCACAGCAGCUUCCACCUCCUCCUCCACCACCACCACCACCUCUCCCUGGCAUGAAUGAGAUGCCACCUCAGGCUCCUCCACUGCCUGGGGUGACAGGGAUCCCUCCACCUCCACCCCCUUUGCCUAGUACAACCAUGAUCCCACCGCCUCCGCCACUGCCAGGCAUGCCACCCCCACCUCCACCUCUACCUGGCAUGACAGGGAUCCCUCCUCCUCCUCCACUCCCAGGUAUGCCACCUCCUCCUCCCCCAUUGCCUGGCAUGGCAGGUGUCCCACCUCCUCCCCCAUUGCCUGGCAUGGCAGGUGUCCCACCUCCUCCACCUCUAGGAGGCAACGUGGAGGAGGUCAUUGUUGCACAGGUUGACCAUUCCCUUGGAUUUGCCAGACCCUUCCGCAAGAAGGUGAAGCCUCCAACCUUGAGGAUGAAGAAACUCAAUUGGCAGAAGCUCCCUUCCAAUGUGGUGAGAGAAGGUCACUCUAUGUGGGCUUCGGUAACCAGCAGUAGUGAAGAGACCAUUGAGCCAGACUAUACAAGCAUAGAACAGCUGUUUUGUUUCCCACAAGCAAAGCCCAAGUCAAAAGAAGCAGCUCCAGUGAAGACAGAACCAAAAGAGAUUACCUUUCUGGAUUCCAAGAAGAGCCUCAACUUGAACAUCUUCUUGAAGCAAUUUAAGUGCUCAAAUGAAGAGGUAAUUGACAUGAUUCAGAAAGGUGACAGAACAAAGUUUGACGUUGAGGUCCUCAAGCAGCUGCUGAAGCUCCUGCCGGAAAAACAUGAAAUAGAAAACUUGAAAUCCUUCAAAGAAGAGAAGGAAAAAUUGUCAAAUGCUGAUCAGUUCUAUCUUCUACUCCUUGGUGUUCCUAGCUACCAGCUGCGGAUCGAGUGCAUGCUGAUGUGCGAAGAGACGUCUGUUGUGCUGGAGAUGUUGCGGCCCAAGGCGGAAAUAGUCAGGAGGGCCUGCGAAGAUCUCCUCAUAAGUCACCGGUUGCCCCUCUUCUGCCAGUUGAUUCUCAAAGUUGGGAACUUCCUGAAUUAUGGAAGUCACACAGGAGAUGCGGAUGGCUUUAAAAUUGGCACUUUGCUGAAACUCACAGAAACCAAAGCAAACCAGACCCGUAUAACAUUACUUCAUCAUAUCUUAGAGGAAGUGGAAAAGAAUCACACAGAUUUGCUGCAACUUCCCAAAGAUCUUGAAUAUGUUUCAAAGUCAGCAGGAAUCAACCUGGAUGUGAUACGUUCUGAAUCCAGUUCCAAUAUGAAAAAGCUGCUAGAGCUGGCAAGAAAGUUGUCAUCGUCAACAGAAGAGGUGAAAGGACAGUAUGAAGGAGCCAUUCAGGAUAGCAUAAAUGCUAACAAGAAAUUGGAAGAUGAAUUCGAAAUCAUCGACAUGAAGAAAGUGGAGCUUGCCAAUUACCUCUGUGAGGACCCAAACAAACUAUGUUUGGAAGAGAUAUUUAACACUAUGAAAACCUUCCGGGACCUCUUUAUCAAAGCAUUAAAGGAAAACAAAGACCGAAAGGAGCAAGCAGUGAAAGCCGAGAAAAGGAAAAAACAGCUAGAGGAGGAAGAGGCGAAGAGGCAGAAAGGAGAAAAUGGAAAGAUAAUUAAGAAAGGAGCCGUGAAGCAGGAAGAGGUGUGCAUUAUCGAUGCCUUGCUGGCCGACAUAAGAAAAGGGUUCCAGCUGCGGAAAACUGCCAGGAAUAACAAGGUUGAUUCAGACACACCUGUCAAAAUGUCUCCCAGUCAACCUCAGAAAGACAAGGAGGCUGGCCAGACCGUUCAGGCUAUGAAAGAUUUGUCCAAGGAGGAGAGUGGUGUGAUCAUACAAAAUGGUGUGAAGGAGCAAGUAGGGAAAACAGACGUUUCAGAAGCUGCUACGGCAAGUAAUAAGGGAAACUCUGUGGUUGACUCGCCAGCUUCUCACAGUUCCUGUGGUGGCACUGAAAAGGGCAGGUGUUCUCCAGCCCCACCGGACACGGAGCAGAACUUCUUACUUUCAUUGGCUUUGGAGGAAACCAAAGAACCCCAAAGUGGACCAAACCUGCAAGGGAAAACUGUCGCCCAUAGCAUCCAGGAUGUGAAUUGUAAUGAUUUAGUGUUGUCCCUCUCAACCUCUUCUGUAAAGUUUGGUAGUGGUGAUGGAGGUAGCUCAGCCAGCUUGAAAACUGAUGCUGGUGUUGUCGGAUCAGGAGACGCAGUCAACAGAUCAGAGCGGGUUUGUUCCCAGAACAGCCUAAAUACAGAUAACCAGGUAAGCAGAAAUGACAGUGGGAUAGAGGAAAUGUCUGGAGAAACCAAAGGGCUACCGACACCUGAGGCGACCGUCCCUCAGGUUGUGGCGCAAACGGAGGCGACAAAAGAGCAAGACCAACCGUCCGUAGACUCCUUGCUGGAUGUCUCUCAGGAGAAGUCCUUCUCAGAAGAGCCAGUGACGGAUUCGUUGUCUUCCGCGACGGUACCUCCGGAACAAGCCCUUGCCGAAAAGGACAGCCAAAGAGGCUCAGCCAAGCGCCGGAAGAAAAAAAGGCACAGCAAGAGCCAUUCAGCAGUGGUUGACACUGAUUUAAAAGCGAUGGUUGAUACUGGAGAUAAUAAAACAAAAAGAGGUUGUGAGAUACAGUGAGGUGGGGCAACAAGACAGAAAAAUUAACAAACUGAUGCAUGUACUUCAACGGUCAGCAUCUGUUACGGAAGAUAGCCAUGGUAAUGUGGGGGAGCUUGCCUUGUGUGUCAGCAGGGUGGCUUUGAGUAUUUAUUAGAUAGCACCCAAAUUGUAAAAGAUGUCCAGACAUCAAAGCACUUUUGAUAUGUGCCUUAUGCAACGUUCCGAUUCUAUACAAAUCUCCUGUUGGUUUCAAAACCACAGAGGUGAAUCUUUGGUCAAUCUUGCUUUGGAUGAAACAUUUAAGUAAUCAAGGACCAACCUUCUGCAAAAGCUGAUGGAAGCAUGGCUUCAUUGGUACCUCUGGAACUCCAUGCUGGGGGAAAAUGUUAAGCGGCAGUGGUGACUUCUGAUUGGAGGUUCUCCUUCUCCUGGGUACAUUAACAACUACUGACCAUUGAAACCUGAGUGGGACCAAGUCAGAAACUUGUUUUAAUAAUGUGACUGUGCUAUAAGACAUGCAGAUGCUUAGCUGGAUUAUCAGUGCAUAACUGUUCUUGCAAAGAUACCCAAAAAUAUGCAAUUUGUCAACAGAAAAAGAGACAAGAGGACACCAUUUUGCAUAACCAUGGCAAAUACUAAUUAAUGUGGAUACCUGCAAUUUUAGAGAUGAUUACUGUAAUUUAAAUAGAAAGGAAAAGGCCAUAAAGGGGCCAAGGAAGGCUGACCAGCUGACCUAAGUUGCUUAGUCUGUUGUUUAAGUGUUAAGUAUUGACGAGUAACUUUAAGGCCAGCGCCCUCCUUUUUACGGUUCUUUGUCUUGAAACAAGACCUGGUAAAACUGUGCAUUCUUUCAAAACAGAGGAUUCUUUUUGGUAGAAGAUUGCCAUGCCACUGGUCUUCAAAUAAGGUAUUAUAAAAUAUUUUGG